UAUUAUUAUAUUUUGUACGCCUCAUCGAAUUCUGAACAUUCAUAUUGUUGUUUUAAUUAAUGGCAUUAAAGUUAGUACGUCCUUAUAUUAUAAAUGUUAAUAUUUUAUAUACAGUUCUUUAACUGAUAAAAAACCAAAAUUAAGAAAUAAGAUUAUCAUCAUGUCAACAAGACUAGCUUUUUCGGGAUAUAAACAAAUGCGAUGGUUCUCAACAAAACAAAGAAUGAAAGUUAUAGAUGCUGUGAAUGAAUUAAUUUCAAAUGAUAGACUUAAACAUAAACAACAUCCAGGUAUAUUAAAACCUAGACAAGUAGAGCAACCAAGUUGGCUUGCAGAUGCAGUUCGAGACAUUCUAUAUGAUAGAACCAUUUCAUUACAAGGCAUAUGUGCAAGCAGUCAAAAAUUAGCAGCACAUCUAUAUAAUCGACAGCCUCCACCAGAAAAGAAAGAUGUUCGUUUGAAAAUGAAAGAAGUUCAGUCAAGACUUAACCAACAUGAAAUGCAAGAUUUAAAUAACGAUGAUAAAUUUGAAAACUCAGAAGCUAAAAGGCUUCUUAAAAGUGUUCUUUAUAAUUGGGCACCAAUUCAUUAUGAUACCUACACAAGCUUAUCAUAUUUAGUUAAUAGAAGUAUGCCUGAAUAUUCUGUUUUGUAUAAAAUUUUCAACGAAAUUGUUGAUAACGAUAAAAAUUUCACGCCAAAGACAUUAUUUGAUUUUGGUUCGGGUACUGGAACAGUUAUGUGGGCAGCCUCAAAAUUCUGGGUUGAUUCUAUCAAGGAGUAUUAUUGUGUUGAUAUUUCUAAAGAUAUGCAUGAAUUAUCUGAAUACCUUAUGAAAAGAGCUAUACCACAAGUUAAACCAAUGCAUAUUUUCUAUCGACAAUUUUUUCCUGCGUCUCCAAUUCCAACUUACGAUAUUGUAGUGAGUGCUUACUCUUUAUUGGAAUUACCACAUCAAAUGUCUCGUCUUGAAACAAUUUCAAAAUUAUGGCGUAAAACAGAACAAUAUUUGAUUAUUAUAGAACAAGGAACGAAUGUUGGAUUCAGACUAGUUAACGAAGCACGAGAAUUUAUACUGAAUUCUAAAAAAGCCCAUGGUGCUCAUGUAUUUUCACCUUGCCCUCACGAUACAGUGUGUCCUAGAUAUACGACAGAUAACACUCCUUGUAAUUUUGAAAUUACUUAUCUAACAUUACCUAUUGGUGGAAACUCAAUGUAUAAACGUGAACGUUACUCGUAUGUGGUACUCAAAAAAGGUAACCGUCCCGAAAAUGAUUGUAAAUGGCCUCGAAUUGUCAGAGAAGUAUUGAAACGUUCCAAACAUGUUAUAUGCCGUAUGUGUACAUCUUCGGGAAAAUUAGAAGAACAAAUUUUUACCACAUGGAAAGAUGGAAAAAAUGCAUAUCGUUGUGCAAGGAGUAGCGAAUGGGGUGAUCGUCUACCUUUUGAAUUCGUAGAAGUAGAGGAAGAAGAAAAGGUAGAGGAAGAAGAAAAAGUAAAGGAAGAAGAAAAAGUAGAGCAAGAAGAAGGAAUAGAAAAAGAGAAAGAACAUAUAUAAAAUAAUUUAUGUGUAAUUUAGUCACUGCACAAUAAAAAAUAUUUUAUUAUAUUUAUGUUUGACUGUGUUCGCAGGGAGACACGUCUGCGGUAUGACUCGUCAACGAGGAUCAUAAAUUCUCGUCUUGAUUAGUAUCGACACUACGAAUAAGCCGAUUCCUUACUUCGAUUACAAUUAUAGGAAUAUUUAGAUGGAAUCUGACACAGGAUUUUAAAGUUUAAAUAUAAUUGUAUAUUUCACAGAGAACACCUUCGGAGACUGAAUGUGCGAAUGAAUGUUCGUUCAAUGUAUACGGAACGGUACUGUUUUAUUGCGUACCUUGCGCGGAAAGCUGAGUGUAAGUGAUAUAUGUGGAAAAGAUGAAAACUUGAGAUGGACGAGCCUAGAACAUGGGACAAGCGGAUUAGUCAAUUAAAAAUUUCGGUGAAGAAGUAAGGGUAACGGUCAUCGCUGUUAAUUGGUUGGAAGAACUGAUAAGAAAAGAAGAGAACUGACCGCCCCAAACUGAAGCCCCCAAACGUAGAUACGGAGCGUACCCUCGAGUGACGCGGAAAUCACGCGUGUCCCAACAUUUAAUCGUUAGUUACAGUUAUUAAAACCGGGGAGCGCCUCGAUAAUGCAUCGUAAAAAUAAGGGAUUCGACGGCAAACAUUAAACCUUAUUUCAGGCAGAUUUUAGGUAGAACAGGCAGAAUUAGUGGUAAUAAAGACUAAUUUUUAGCACGGCGGUAACAAUUUUUUGGGGAUUAUUGCUGGUCCGAGUGAAUAUGUUAAGGGAAACAUAGACGGAGAAAUAAGACUGGAGAAGAUACAUGGCAUCUUUAGAAAAUUAGAAACGGUUAUUCUCGAACGGUGUUGUGACUG